AUUUCAUUUUUAAGGGUGACGCUGCAUUACUUUGAUGGAUGAGUGCUAUCAGAUGCGUUCUCACGAAAUUCCGCCGUCCGCCGCCUCCGCCUCCGCUUCCGCUUCCGCUUCCGCUUCUUUCGUGGUGCCGUUCCUCAACCUCUUCUCUCCACAUUUCACCUCACACGUCCAAAAAUACAUUAUCUUCCAUCACAGAUGCGAACCUCAUCGAAUUGAUCAAUUCUUGCGGAAGACAAGGCAAUAUCCGCCUGGGUUCUCACCUUCAAGCCUACCUCAUCAAGAACCAUCCAUCUUUUAAUGUCGGAGCUCCACUCACUCGUCGAAAUGCUCAGCUCAUCUACAACUGUUUACUCCAUAUGUACUGCAAAUGCGGACAACUCAGGGAUGCAGUCCACCUGUUCGAAGAAAUGCCGCUUAGAGACACUGUCUCGUGGAACUCGCUCAUUUCGGGUUUCCUUAAAGUGGGAAACUUGGAAACUGGAUUCGGAUAUUUCAAAUUGUUGCUGGGCUCUACUGAAUACAUGUUUGAUCACGCGAGUUUAACUUCGGUGCUAUCGGCUUGUGGUGGAAAGGAGUUGCUUGCCAUUGUGACGAGGCUACACGCAUUGGCGAUCCUAAGUGGUUAUCACAGGGAUGUAACAGUCGGAAAUGCCCUAAUCACUUCGUAUUUCAGAUGUUUGUCUCUGGAGUUGGGGAUGUGCGUUUUUUAUGAGAUUCCGGAGAGGAAUGUUGUUACUUGGACGGCUGCUAUUUCGGGAAUGGCGCAGAAUGAGUAUUAUGCUGGGAGCUUGAACCUGUUCAUGGAAAUGUACCACAGUCCAGUUUCUCCCAAUGGUUUGACGUAUUUGGCCGCGCUGACUGCCUGCUCUGGACUGCAGGCGCUCAUGGAAGGUGCUCAGAUUCAUGGUGUGGUUUGUAAGAUGGGGUAUCAGUCGGAUUUGUGCAUCGAGAGUGCAUUGAUGGAUGUGUAUUCGAAAUGUGGUUGUGUGGAGGAGGCGUGGCGGAUAUUUGAGUCUGCUGAGGUUCUUGAUGAGGUGUCUAUGACUGUUAUACUUGCUGGUUUUGCACAGAAUGGAUAUGGGGAGGAGGCUACACGGUUGUUUGUGAAGAUGGUGAAGGCCGGAGCCUAUCUCGACCCCAACAUGAUUUCAGCCAUUCUUGGGGUGUUUGGCAUUGGUGCUUCUCAGAGUCUAGGCGUGCAGAUUCACUCUAUGGUGACCAAGAAGGGAAUUGCUUCGAAUGUCUUUGUUUGCAAUGGCUUAAUCAACAUGUAUUCCAAAUGUGGGGAGUUGGAAGGAUCAGUUAAGGUUUUUGAGGGUAUGCUUAAGAAGAAUCAAGUGUCGUGGAACUCCAUGAUUGCAGCAUUUGCUCGCCAUGGUGAUGGGCUGAGAGCGCUCGAGUUAUACAAACAGAUGAAGUUAGCCGGUGUGGAACCAACAGAUGUUACAUUUCUGUCCUUGCUUCAUGCUUGUAGUCAUGUAGGGUUACUGCACACAGGAAUGGAGUUUUUACAAUCCAUGGAGAGGACAUAUGGAAUGAGGCCGAGGAUGGAGCAUUAUGCGUGUGUAGUAGAUAUGCUCGGCAGAGCAGGAAUGUUAAGAGAAGCCAAGAGUUUCAUAGAGGGGUUGCGGGUGAAACCAGAUGCACUUGUUUGGCAAGCAUUGCUCGGUGCUUGCAGCAUCUAUGGCGAUGUUGACGUGGGGAAUUAUGCAGCCGAGCAGCUGGCUCUGGCAGCACCUGAUAGUCCAGUGCUGUUUGUCUCCUUGGCCAACAUCUACUCUUCUAGAGGGUUGUGGAAGGAACGGGCAAGAACAAUAAAGAAGAUGAAGGAGAUAGGAGUUGCGAAAGACACAGGUGCUAGUUGGAUUGAGAUUAAGAAGAAGAUUCACAGUUUUGUUGUUGCUGAUCGAAUCCAUCAACAAGGCGACGAUGUUUACGCUGUGCUGACGAUGUUGUUUAGACAUAUGAGAGAUGAUGGCCUCUCCACCACUGACCUAAAUUGCCCAAGCUCCAUUGCACAUUUUCCACUAGAUUAUUGGAUGGUUUGUUGUGCAUGAAGAUGAUGAGUUUUGAUGCUUGCUGCAGAAAAUGUACGAGUUGAUUUUUGGAGUUUGAAUAUAGAGCUUUUGAUGGAUUUGAAGGAAGAAUGCAAAAGCGUUUACUUAUUGAUCUUUUUGGCUAAAGUGACCAAGUUAUUUUCUGCAAUGACAUUGUAAUUUGUGAUAUUAAUCAAUCUUCAUAAAG